CUCAUGACCAAACUGUAUUCUUGUUGUAAAAAACAGCACAAAGUAAAAUAAUCUGCAAAACCCACCUGAGUUUCUAUGGUUGUUACUUGCUUAUAAGUGAUUCAUAACUCCAAGUUUUAACCAGCCUGCCUAUCUGUAGCUCAAAACUGUUAUGGAUGAUAUGGGCAAAAAAAUGAGUCCCUUGUUUGUUUUAGUAUAUCUAUUUUUGGUUCUGAAUGGCGAGGGCAUCAUAGCAAACGUGGAGGCUAAGAGCAAUGUUCACAUAAUUUAUCUGGGAGAGAGGCAGUACGAUGAACCCAAGUUGAUCACUGAUUUACAUCAUGAUAUGCUUGCAAAAGUAGUAGGGAGCAAUGAAAUAGCGUCAGACUUGAUGGUCUACAGUUACAAACAUGGCUUCUCUGGAUUUGCAGCCAAGCUCACAAAGUCUCAAGCACAAAAACUUGCUGAGUUGCCCGGUGUUGUUCGAGUCAUACCAAAUAGGCUUCACAAGCUGCAGACAACUAGGAGCUGGGAUUUUCUUGGUCUCUCUUCUCAUUCUCCUAACAAUAUUCUUCACAGUAGUAAUAUGGGUGAUGGAGCUAUCAUCGGUGUCUUUGAUACAGGACUAUGGCCGGAGUCCAGAGUUUUCAGAGAUGAAGGCCUCGGGCCAGUUCCACCUCGUUGGAGGGGUGUCUGUAAAUCUGGGGAGAAAUUCAAUGCCUCAACGCACUGCAACAGGAAAAUUAUUGGAGCGCGAUGGUACAUCAAUGGAUUUCUUGCCGAGUACGGAAAGCCGUUGAACACAUCUGGAGACCAAGAAUUCUUAUCUCCAAGAGAUGCAAAUGGACAUGGCACACACACAGCCAGCACAGCUGGUGGUUCAUUUGUGGGCAAUGUUAGCUACAAGGGCCUUGGAUCUGGAACUGUUAGAGGUGGUGCACCUCGUGCUCGCUUAGCCAUAUACAAGGUUUGCUGGGAUAUACUUGGAGGCCAAUGUUCAUCAGCUGAUAUACUCAAAGCCUUUGAUGAUGCCAUACAUGAUGGGGUUGAUGUUUUAUCUUUGUCAAUUGGGUCUUCCAUUCCUCUGUUCUCAGAUGUUGAUGAACGUGAUGGCAUUGCAACUGGUUCAUUCCAUGCUGUGGCUAGGGGCAUCACUGUAGUUUGUGGAGCUGCAAAUGAAGGACCUUCAGCAUAUACAGUACAUAACACAGCACCAUGGAUCUUAACUGUUGCAGCAAGCACUAUGGAUCGAGCAUUUCCUACAUCCAUUACACUUGGAAACAAUAAAACUUUACUGGGUCAAGCCAUUUUUACAGGAAAGGAGAUAGGUUUUACAGACUUGAUAUACCUGGAAUCAACAAAAUUUGAUCCUAAUGCAGCAGGUAUGUGUGAAGACCUUUCACUCAAUAACAUUUCAGUAUCCGGGAAGGUGGUGCUCUGCUUCACUUCAAUUGCUCGUCGGACUGCUUUAGUGCAAGCAUCAGGAGUUGUUAAAGAAGCAGGAGGUGUUGGGGUUAUUAUUGCCAAGAAGCCCAAUGAUGCCUUGUAUUCAUGUGACGGUGACUUCCCAUGCAUUGAAGUUGACUAUGAAAUUGGCACCAGGAUACUAUUUUACAUCAGGUCUACCAGGUCUCCUCUAGUAAAGUUAAGCCCUUCCAAAACAAUUGUGGGCAAGCCAGUAUCACCCAAGGUGGCCUAUUUCUCAUCCAGGGGGCCUAAUUCUAUUGCACCAGCAAUUCUCAAGCCAGAUAUAACUGCACCUGGUGCCAACAUAUUAGCUGCCACUUCUCCCCUUGGUCAAAUUAUGGAUGGUGGAUAUGCCAUGCUAUCUGGAACUUCAAUGUCAACUCCUCAUAUCUCAGGCAUUGUGGCACUUCUCAAAGUGUUGCAUCCUCACUGGUCCCCAGCAGCCAUUAAAUCAGCUCUUAUCACAACCGCAUGGCAGACUGGUCCAUCUGGUUUACCAAUCUUUGCUGAGGGAUUUCCUCAAAACCUUGCUAAUCCAUUUGACUUUGGAGGUGGCAUUGUAAAUGCAAAUGGGGCAGCAGACCCUGGACUGGUAUAUGACAUGGGCACAACCGACUAUAUACAUUACCUCUGUGCCAUGGCUUACAACAACUCUGCUAUCUCUCGGCUCACAGGGAAAUCCACUGUGUGCCCCAGUACUAAAGUCUCCAUUUUGGAUGUAAAUCUACCUUCCAUAACCAUACCAAGUCUCAGAAAUUCUUCCACUAUCACUAGAACUGUUACAAAUGUUGGAGGCUUGAAAACCAUUUAUAGAGCUGUUAUUGACCCUCCAAUUGGCAUUAUGGUAUCGGUAAAACCUGAUGUCUUGGUCUUCAACUCUACUAUCAAGAAGAUCUCCUUCAAGGUUACAGUCUCCACAACCCACAAAGUGGACACUGGCUACUAUUUUGGAAGCCUAACAUGGACUAAUGGAGUGCAUGCUGUAAGGAGUCCUUUGUCCGUGAGAACUGAGCUCUUACAAUCUUACGCUGAUGAUAACUAAAAAAUUGCAGAUUUAUGAGGUUCUUAAUUUCAUGUUAAUGCCAACACAAGGGUAUUUCUUUUUCUAAUAUUCUUAGCUUUUAUUCAAAUUUUCAUUCAUUUUGGAGAAUUGUCUUGGGUCUCCAUCGUAUCCAUAAUAAUAAAGGUUAUAAGUUUAUAUGCAA